GAAUACAAUGUAAACAACUAAAACUAGAAAAUGGCAGAGUUGAUUUGACUGGUCCCAGGUAUGGUGCAACAGUAACCUUCUCCUGUAAUGAAGGUUACAGAUUAAUUGGAACAACUUCUGCCCCAUGUAAUGAUUUCAGAUAUUAUAGGGAUAAGGAGCUUCCAUUUUGCCAAGCAAUAUCUUGUCCUACACCUCCUGAUAUCACCCAUGGAUUCCAUAAUGGUCUGGGUGGAGAAGAGUUUUUCUUUGGCUCAGCAGUAACUUACAAAUGUGACCAGGGCUUCUCUCUUAUCGGAGGGGCCUCCAUUCAUUGUACAACAAAAGAUAAUGUCAAUGGAGAAUGGAGUGGGCCUGCACCUGAAUGCAAAGUUGCGUGUCAAAAGCCAGACGUGCAAAAUGCAAACCCGCUGAACGCGUUGGAUGAAAAAAUGUGGUACAGUGUGAAUGAAACAAUUCCUUUCAAAUGCCCUCCUGGGUACCAGUUUUCAGGCCAUUCCCACCUGCCUGCAACAGACAGAUUUAGCAUUACUUGUUUAGCAGACGGCAACUGGACGGCAUUACCAAAGUGUACAAAGCAAAGCACUUCUGGUGUCUGUGAGAUGGUUCCUGAGAACAAAGAGUUCAAAGAGUGUGGUGUGCCUCUAGAGAAACUGAGAAUUCUCCUGGAAGUGCAGAAACUCUAUCUGGAGAUUGAGAAACUGAAGGAGGAGCUAAAGUCACAAUGAAUAACUGAGACCUGUGAGCCAUAUUGUGAUAAACUGUCUCCCCUUUGGAUGCAGUUUAUAUAAUUACACUACACACUGGAUGAUUUUUAAUGAUUUCAUAGAACUUGCUAAUACAGCUAAUAAUUCAGAAUAGGCAGUAAAUCGGGGAUCAGAUUUCCUUCCUGGGUGCAAGUUUUUAGGAUUUGUUGUUUGUUUUUCCCUUGAAUUUCACAAAUUUGAAUUUCCAUUUGGUGACAAACUAGGGAUUUCAGGUCCUUGUACAGGUUUUAGGGGUUAUAGUGAAGGACUGAGUUGAGAUUUGGUUUUAAUAGGUAAGCUAACCAAGUAAUAUGGAAGCAAAUUAUCAGUUGGUAUGAGCUUUAAUCCUAUGCAAAAGGAAACUCAAGAGUAACUUCAGCUUUGUUGACAUCCCACAAUUGCUGCUUACAUUUAACUUCAGUGCACCAAAUAUACACAUUCAAAGUGGUGAAUGGGUAUUUAACUGCCCGAUUUCCACACACCUUAAGAGCAGUGAUGUUAAUAAAUUCCUACACCACUCUAAAAAUGCCACACGUGCAUUAGAAGUAGAUGAUCACAAUCUCAAGUGUAGAGAAGCAACCAUCCGUGCCGUUUUCCCCAUUGCCCAAUAAACGAUAGGGGUAUUCUUUAACCUUCACCUUUGUGAUCAAGUAAUUAUGCCUGCCCUGCAGGGCUACAAUAAAAUGCAAUUGUAAU